UAGAAGUUUAUUUCAAGAAAAACCUGAAUGGAUUGAACAUUCUAUAAAUAGUUUUUAUUGUUUUUCUUAUAAAAAGGUUCUCCAAAAAAGGGGUAUUAUGUAAUUAUUCUUCAAUUAACAAAUUGAAUAGGAAUAGCCCUCAUAAAAUACUUUAUUGGAAAUGAAAGAUAAAUUUAUAGAAAUUGAAAAUUAAAGUACCCUUUUCUAAAUAUUUGUUUUUCACAACAUGUUUCAACUUUAUAAUCAUUUUUAUGUAGCCCUGAAAUACAAGUAGCCCUAAACAUUAAAGUGAACAUUGUAAAAAGGGUUAUAACAUUAUUAUAAUAAUUAUCUGUAUCUUCUCUGUACAAUACUCUGCAAAUGUGAGCCUUAUUUCAAGAACAUUGAUUGUAUGUCAACUUUUACAACGUAGAAUCUACUUUACAAGAAGUGUUGUGACCAGACACUAUGCUUAGCGCAACCGUCGAGUUGCUAUUUUGUGUUGGCUACUGGCUAGUGGUAAAACUGCUUACGAAAAGGCACUAAGGCAGUCGCCACCAUUUUUGCUCCAUUCCAUCCCAUCUUUCAUACGCGUUUACAUUGAAUUUGAUAGUUUUGCUACUGUAAUUUUAAUUAAAUAGCAAUUAUGGGGGGUUACUCCUAAUUGUUGUAAUAAUAAUGCCAAAGGCUUUCGAACGUUUCGUUUUCCGUCUAGUAGUUCAAGAAGAAGUAAAAUUUGGCUACAACAUUUUAGACGUACCAACUACCAAGUAAAAACCAACCUCCAGACUGAGGUACAUUUUAAGAUAGUCAAUGAGAGUCACAGCGAGCAGAUGGGUGGAAAAAGUUAAAACCCAAUUCUGUUCCAACCAUAUUUAAUAUGCCCAACCCACCAAAAAUGUUGUCUACGCCCACACGACAAUCUCACUACAAGGUUAUGAAAACUAGUGGAAUUGUUGGAUCUUCAAAUAUUAGUGGAACCUGUGAAACUGGCAAAUGUGAUGUAGAGGAUGGAGUUGCACAUAUUCAUGAGUUGAUAUUUUCAAUUUCUAUCAUGGAUAUGUCGCUGGCUACCGCUGGCCUUGAUUGGGCACGCAGUGUGGACGCAGCCAUGGACCAACGCAGCCAAGCUUACCAGGCUGGGCCAGCGACUCGACCAAUAUGUGGAAGCAGGACUGAAAUUUUUAAACAGGUGCGUUUGGAAUGUGUGGUGAGUUUAUUGAAGGCAGCUGUGGCUCCACUCAGCUCAUUCAUAAUGGAGGCACUUGCUCUGAAUCACCCUUUAACGGCCGCCAUUCGCCAACAACUGCAACUGGUUCCAAGCAAAAUGGUGCUGAAAAGUAUCAAUUCAAUGAAACCUACAACACCGACCAUGUAAGUAGAAAAAUCACAGUCAAUCAAAUACAGUUGAUAAAAUCAUCGAGAAAAGAUUAGCAAUCAUAGAGAACCACUGUGAGAGACAGUCUUCAGAGAAGAUUGCCUUAAAAUGAAGGCUUCUCUGAUUGGUUCUCGUGGAAUUGAAUCGCGGUUAAAACAGUUUUAACAGGAUUUUGUGCAACCGGGCCUCAGUACCGUUCAGGCCUAUUUUUUAUGUGAAAAACAUGGUUAAACGCAUGUCAGGUGCCAUACAAGCAGAACUAAGCUCGUCUCACAGCAGAGCUUGCAAGAAAGAAUAAACGCAGUAAUGGAGUCGUUUGAAAGGCAGGAGAACAGGUAUUUUCACUCGAUUAAGAGUUUUAUUCUUUUAUUGAUUCAACGAUACACAAUUAUUUUUUAAAAUAAUUUGGUGUGUGAUCAACAGGCACAGCCCAAAACUGUUCCUUCCCCGGAUUUUGAUUCAUUAAAAUAGGUUAUGUUUCCUCCACUUCAUAAAAUGUUGCCUAAUUUUCUGACCAAACACUUGAAGCAAGAAAUUUUGAAUUUUAAAUUUUUAGCGCAUGGAAAGCACUUUACCAAAGAAAAUAAUAUGGACUAUUGUCAAUGUCUUAAUACCUACCAUAUAUUAGCAGAGUACCAUACGCAUGUAAAAAAAUAUUAAAGUGUUCUGAAAAUUUUGAAAAAAAUAAUUUUUUCC